UCGCCAUUGGCCGCUCAGGGGGAGGUGCGUUUCCCGGCUCCCCAUAGGUCGGCAGUGCGAAACAACUCUUCACAACCACCGAGCAUUUGUCAUUUCCGGGUAAGAUGGCUGCAGUGCGUGUGCUGAGGACCUGGAGCCAGAAUGCUGGGCGGCUGAUUUGUGUUCGCUACUUUCAGACAUGUACGAAUGUUCAUGUUUUGAAGCCAAAAUAUGUGUGUUUCUUUGGUUAUCCUUCAUUCAAGUAUAGUCAUCCACAUCAGUUGCUGAAAACAACUGCUGCUCUGCAGGGGCAGAUUGUUCAGUUCAAACUCUCAGACAUCGGAGAAGGUAUUAGAGAAGUAACUAUUAAAGAAUGGUAUGUAAAAGAAGGAGAUACAGUGUCUCAAUUUGAUAGCAUCUGUGAAGUUCAAAGCGAUAAAGCUUCUGUUACUAUCACUAGUCGUUAUGAUGGAGUCAUUAAAAAACUGUAUUAUAAUCUAGACGAUAUUGCCUAUGUGGGAAAGCCAUUAGUAGACAUAGAAACGGAAGCUUUAAAAGAUUCAGAAGAAGAUGUGGUUGAAACUCCUGCUGUGUCCCAUGAUGAACACACACACCAAGAGAUAAAGGGCCAGAAAACACUGGCAACUCCUGCAGUUCGCCGCCUAGCAAUGGAAAACAAUAUUAAGCUGAGUGAAGUUGUUGGCUCAGGAAAAGAUGGCAGAAUACUUAAAGAAGAUAUUCUCAACUAUUUGGAAAAGCAGACUGGAGCUAUAUUACCUCCUUCGCCAAAAGCUGAAAUAGUGCCACCUGCACCACAACCAAAAGACAGAACUAUUCCUACACCAGUAUCAAAACCUCCAGUAUUCACAGGCAAAGACAAAACGGAACCCAUAAAAGGCUUUCACAAGGCAAUGGUCAAGACCAUGUCUGCAGCCCUGAAGAUACCUCACUUUGGAUAUUGUGAUGAAGUUGACCUUACUGAAUUGGUCAAGUUAAGAAAAGAAUUAAAAUCCAUUGCUUCUGCUCGUGGAAUUAAACUCACCUUUAUGCCCUUCUUCCUAAAGGCUGCUUCCUUGGGACUACUACAGUUUCCUAUCCUUAAUGCUUCUGUGGAUGAAAACUGCCAGAACAUAACUUACAAGGCUUCUCACAACAUUGGGAUAGCAAUGGAUACUGAGCAGGGGUUGAUUGUGCCUAAUGUGAAAAACGUCCAAAUCUGCUCCAUAUUUGAGAUCGCCACUGAGUUGAACCGCCUUCAGAAAUUGGGCUCUGUAGGUCAGCUCAGUACCACUGAUCUUACAGGAGGAACAUUUACUCUUUCCAACAUUGGAUCAAUUGGUGGUACCUAUGCCAAACCAGUGAUACUGCCCCCUGAAGUAGCAAUUGGGGCUCUCGGAUCAAUUAAGGCCCUUCCCCGAUUUAACCAGGAAGGAGAAGUAUAUAAAGCACAGAUAAUGAAUGUGAGCUGGUCAGCUGAUCACAGAAUUAUUGAUGGUGCUACAAUGUCACGCUUCUCUAAUUUGUGGAAAUCCUACUUAGAAAACCCAGCUUAUAUGCUACUAGAUCUGAAAUGAAGAUUCAUCGGAUGUCUUUGAACUUUUUGAGCUUCCAAAGAAUAUGUAGAGCUAGCUGUGCAGCUUCAUCACAAUUUGUAUUAGAAAUGAUCUGUAUUAUAUGAUUAAGGUUCCAAGGCACAAUAUUUCUCACUGUUCUGUUAGACUUUUUACCGAAAAUGAAUGAUGGUGUAAGAGUUCUUCUGCGGCUGUCACAUUUUAUAGGUCAUGAUGUCACUUCUUAAUAUGGUGCAGAGGUCUUUGUGUCCCUGGGUUGAAACUAGCAAGAACAACAAAAUUAAUGUUACUAAAAGACAGACUGCCAUAUCCAGUGUUUACCCUAUCUUUCUUUCUUUCUUUUUUUAUUUUAGACUGACCUUAGUGAAACUUCUCAGUUACACUUAGUUAGGAAAAGGAAUUUAUGUACAGAAGUAUCUUCCAUUUCCCCACAAUAGAAAUGAGAGAUAACACUAACUGUUGGAUAAGUGCAAUUACUUAACCUUUUAAGAUAUCCAUGAUUAUGUUGCUCCAUAGAGAUUAUCUGUAAAUGUCUUGUUUAUAUAAAUUAAUAUCUUUUAAAAGGGAAAAUUAUAAGCUAAUCUUAAAAAUGCCCAAUUAUAAGGAUGCUUGGCUGGCUCAGUCAGAAGAGCAUGUGACUCUUGAUUCCAGGAGU